AGGGUGCGGCCUACUUCCGACGCCGCCCAGUCCUCCCUUCCUCCCUCCCUGCCACCCGCCCACCCUCUCCAUCCAUCCAGCCCAGCCGGCCAAGGUGGGCAGCAGGAGUGGCCGCGGGCCAGCGGGCCAUGAGAGUGGGCUAGAGGACCCCAGAAGCGCCCCUCCACCCACCCAGUAGGGACGGCAUGACCCACCCUCCUUGCCCGCCGACGAAGGAGGCAGGAACCAUGUCGGUGAGCCCAAUGGCUCUGCUGCUGCUACCGCUGCUGUUGCUAACCCAGAUGGCUUGUGGGUCCAGGCUGCCCACAGACCAGAACCGUUUGAACUGGAUGUCAGGCCUGGGGAACUCGACGCCUGCCUGGGGCAGGAGAAAUUUCCUGAACAACGAGGUAACGACUCCCGAGAAGGAUAUAGAUUACCACUUCACCUACCAAACGGAAGGUCCGGAAGUCCUGGUCAACAACACCCCCGCCUCGGCCCUGCCGACCCCAGCCGGGACGGAGAGCUUGGAGCCGCUGACCACUGGCGGGCCAGACCCCGGGGAGGUGGCCGACACUUCCUCCCCAGCCGUAGCCAUCCUAAAUGCCUCUGCCAGCGAGCCUGGGCUUUCUGCCGUGCCUGGCGAACCCACCUCUGAGCUCCCCACCGCCACCAGCAAGCCUGCCUCUUCCUCUGUGACCUUUGAUCCCUCCUCUCUGCCCAUCACCCCCACUGACCCCUCCUCUGAGCCCACUGGCCACCCGGACAACCUCACCCUCUCCGCCCCCACCACCACCGGUGGCCCCUCCUCCGACCCCACCAAUACCACUGGCCCCUCCUCCGAGCCCACUGGCCCCCCGGACAACCUAGCCUCCUCCGACUCCACUGCCGCCAGUGACCCCUCCUCUGCCCCCCCCCAGACCGAUGCCCCCUCUUCUGCCCCCCUCACCACUGACACCCCAUCUUCUGCCCCCACCCCCACCAGCGAUCCGUCCCCCAAACACCCUACCUCCAACGAGCCCAGGAAGGUCCCGCCCCCUACAGCAGCCUCCCGGGCCCCCACGAGCCCCGUACAGACCAAAACCCAGCCCGGCCUCUACUUUCAGCAGACCCGGGCAACCGACCCUCCGGGCCCCGAGGCGACGUCCCAUCCCCCAGCCCCGGUGCCCAGCGGCAGCUCUAUCCCGGUCAGGCAGUGCCUGCUGGCCAUCCUCAUCCUGGCCCUGAUCGCCACCACAUUCCUGGUGUGCACUGUGGUCCUGGCCAUCCGCCUCUCCCGCCAGCGCCACACCUACCCAGUCCGCGGCAACUACUCCACCGAGAUGGUCUGCAUCUCCUCCCUGCUGCUGGAUGGUGAGGGGGCGGCCGGGGCCAACGGGGCCAUCGGGGGCCCGGCCCGAGACAAGGCUCCGGGCUCCAGGCCAGGCCGGGGCCACACGGAGGACUGCGAAGGGGAUGACCUGACCCUGCACAGCUUCCUCCCGGAGCAGUAGUGCCUCACCCCAUCCCGGACUGUCCCCGUGACCCCUGACCCCUCACCCCCGGCCCCCUCCAGGGAGUGCAUCCCAGGGACUUUGGCUCCGCCGAGGGGACAGGCCGGCCCCCCGGACAACCUCGCCCUCUCGCUUCCGCUUCCCUCUGCUGGAGCCUUUGGGGAUGCUGGGAUGGCGGGAGACCACUGGCAUCCUACUACUGGACGGAGGAGGCCUCCUGUUGUGCCUUGGGGCUUCUCUCAUGAACUUCCCUGAGGGGGAGACGAGGGAAGCUGAUGGAGUCUCCUCAAUCUCUCCUGUCAGAUUCUGCUACAAAUUAGGCCCCUCAACCUUCUUCUGUAAGCUUGUUGUGGGCAGGGAAUUUGUCUAUCAUUGUAUUGUAUUCUCCCAGGUGCUUUAGUACAGUACCCUGCACACAGUAAGCGCUCAGUAAAUACCGCUGACUCAAGGCAAAAGUCAGUCCCUGCUCGCUUUUGGCCAAUCUAAACUGCGGUGGGGUCAAGACUUGGGGUUCUCGCCAAUACUGGGGGAACACAUCAUACUUAUUAUGACUAUUGUAUUUGUUGAGCACUUACUAUGUAUCAAGCACUGUUCUAAGCGCUGCGGUAGA